UCUUCGGAGUCAUAACGUCUGACAGAUUAUAAGUACCAUCGUGGUGGUCUCUAUCCCACUGGUAGGGAAGAACCCCACGAGGGAUCCAGUUAUCCAUCAAUUAUACUCAGUAAACCGACGUUUGUUUUUGCCAGUUUUGCUCAAUGACGUCGCAGCUGAGAGCACAGGCGAUAGCGCCGAAGCGACCACCGAAGAUGGCCUCAAAUCAGUCCUUGAACCACCUCUUGAACUUCACACUUCCUCCUAGACAGAUUCAGCCUCAGAAUGUGCCUAGGAGGAGUAAGAAAGCUGUUCAUUCAGCCGUGUGGAACAAGGAGAGGUUCGUGAAUGCGCAGUACCGGUUUGUUAUGAACCCAAGCGGGGACUAUACGGUCCACUUUGCGGACCCAGAUAUCUUUUUCCAAUGGCACGAUAUAUUGCAGGUCAUCAUUCCACGGUCCUCAGCCUUGGCAUCUGCCGCUGUUGCCGGCGGGGAGCAUGCUAUACAGGAGGAGGGGGUUAAGACCUGUCCCAUCUGUUUGUCCCCUCCUACCGCUCCGCGAAUGACAAAGUGCGGGCAUGUAUAUUGUUUUCCUUGCAUCUUACAUUACCUGAGCAUGUCGGACAAACUCAAAUGGGCGCGAUGUCCGGUCUGCUUUGACACGCUCAACGAGAAACAGCUGAAGAGCGUCAAGUGGUAUGACGGACCUCAGUUCCAAGAGGACGAACCUGCUGUUGCCAGUGGCUCCUCGUAUGUCACACAGCUUUCGGACCACGACGCGACUCCUCGAGCGGGAUCCACAAUGCGGAUGCGACUGAUGCAACGUCCUCAGAUGACAACCCUUGCACUACCGCGCUCACAUACUUGGCCAUCGGACCUAAUUCCACCCCAUCAGGCUCCUUUUCACUUUCUUCCCGAUGUGUACGACUAUGCGAAGUUCAUGCUCGCUACUCCUGAAUAUCUGAUCGCCGAUCUCUCCAACGAUCUGGACGCGCUUGCCGUAGAACGCCGGAUGAUGGCCAGCGUGCAAGAUGAACUCAGUAUUUCAUUUAUUGAUGCAGCUGAUCAGAAGCUUCGCCAUCAGAUCGCUAAAGCAACUGCAUUAGAAUCGCUGCAGCUGAAGGAAGCCAUUGACAGAACUCGCAAGGAUCACGACGACAUCGUACGACGCCACAACCUUGAAUGUGCGCGAAAGCUUGCUGGGGAGAUGAAAGGAGCUGCACUCCCCGAGGCACCAGAAGAGUUUCUCGCUACAGGUUCGAGCUCUGGGAUCUUCGCAUCUUCGCGUACCUCUCUGUCGAUCCCUGCCACUCCCAAGUCGACACCAUCACCAGCACCCCCUGCCGAUACUUCUAACAAUCGUAAUCACAGACAGCGCCGUAAUAUUAAUCCUCCUCCCCCAUCUACGCAGACCUACUAUUACUACCAGGCAGCGUCUGGUCUGCCCAUCUAUUUACAUCCUCUCGACAUCAAGAUUCUCUUUUCGCACUUCAACGGCUAUGCUUCAUUCCCCAACACAAUUACAAUCCGUGUAGAAUCUGCUACUGAAGGCACUGUCAACGACGACCUGCGCAAGAGGUGCAAGUACCUUGCACACACACCAGAGGGUACAGAUGUCGUUUUCAUCGAGGCAGACUUGGAGGGAGUUGUGGGUCAAGAAGGCCUUAAGAAUUUUGAAGGGGCGAUCAAACUCCGUAAGUCAAGGAGGAAGGAGAAAGGUAGGAAGGACGACCGUGCACGUGCGCGCGCGGAGGAACGUGAAAGAGAGAAGGUCGUUGCGCCCUGGACAGAGUCUGUGUUUUCCAUACCUCUCGAUCCCGUUCUUCAUGCUGUGGAAGUGGAGGGGAUAGCGAAUCACGAGUCCCCCAUCCCUCAAAUUAGCGGUGCUUGGGGUUCGAGGAGCUUCGCAUCUGCUGCCCAUUCCGCAUCGGGCGCAGAUCUCAGACAUCCGAAUACAAACAAUCGCAAUUCGAGUCAGGAGAUUGGGGACGAGUGGGAAUUAGACGUAGCUUGGCACGAACUUGAGCAGCGAAGCACAGCCGGACAAGGGAACAAGAAGAAGAAGGGAAAUAAACUUGUCGUCAUGGGCGGCGGAGCGGGGGGGCGAAGGCGAUAGAUUUUUAUACUGGAACAACUGAGUCACGAUCUAUUAUCUUUGUAACAACAGCCUGCAGCGUCACUUGUUUUAAUUGUUGCAACCACCCAAUGAUUGUUUACAGCUA